CUUGUCUUCACAAGCCAGAUCUGGUAGCUGCCGCUUUUAUUGGCCACAGGCCGACUCCACCUUUCCUGGUGCCCUCACUGGCCAACCCGGCGUGGCUCCAGUUUUAGGCUGCCCGCACAUAACUCGAUUUUGAAAGUCUUUAACAACCUUCCCAAGUUCGCUCCACCACUCUCCCGACAAUCUAUUCCUCUCCUUGGUCUCCUUGCCUUUUCAACUGCCCAUACCUCCACUACACUCCAUCUUUACCUUGCAACUUCAUUCAAGAUGGCGGACGACGCGCAGGUAAGAAUGUUCACUUUUUCUCCAGACCAGGACCCCGCACGGCACCCCGCCAUGGUCGGGUGGGCGCAUUCAAGAGAUCAAUCAGGAUCAUGGCUCUGCGUCUUUUCGAGGAUAAUCUCGCAAUCUGCGAGACGAGACGAGCCAUCGGCUAACGAAGCAUCGUGAUAUUAUAGCAUGAGCACACCUUCGACUCCGCCGAUGCAGGCGCCUCUGCCACCUACCCUAUGCAAUGUUCGGCCUUGAGAAAGAACGGUUUCGUUUGCAUCAAGAACCGUCCUUGCAAGAUUGUUGACAUGUCCACCUCCAAGACUGGCAAGCACGGUCACGCUAAAGUCCAUCUCGUCGCUAUCGACAUCUUUACCGGCAAGAAACUCGAAGAACUUUGCCCAUCUACCCACAACAUGGACGUCCCCAAUGUCAUUCGCAAGGAAUACCAAUUGGUAAGCUUUGCAAUACCCCGCCUUCGCCUUCUCAGGCGAGAAAAGACUAACGAGUUCUUCUGUAGCUUGAUAUUUCCGAUGAUGGAUUCCUUUCCUUGAUGGCUGAUGACGGCGAGACCAAAGACGAUGUUAAGACUCCUGAUGGAGAAAUUGGUGAGAAGAUCGAGAAGUUGUUCACCACUGAGGAGAAGGACACCAGUGAGUAUUUCCAUCCAUUAUGGGUGUUCUUGUUGAUUUCUAACGUGCAUCAGACGUUAUUGUUCUUACUGCUAUGGGCGAGCAACUUGCUAUUGAAGCCAAGGAGGCUCCUCGCUCUUAGAGUUCCUCAACUUGACUCCGACCUUGUUGUCAGCGAUGGCAUACUAGAUUUGUUUGAAGGCUCGAUAGUCUGGAGGAUACUCAGUAUGGGUGGAUUCUUGAGACUCUGAGGACCUCCAUUCUCAAGGUCGUUGCGUAGAGGAUCUUUGAAAGAUUUGAUCUGUUAUCUGGGCUUUGCGGACGACAUCUUCCUCUUUUUUACUCGAUGCUACAUGAUCACGAUUGGCCGGCGUAGUCAAAAAGUGCACUUGAGAUGUGGCACAACAUCUCCUUGUAGAAAUCGAUGCUUUCCGAAACAAAAAAUAUUAUUGAUACGUACCAUAUUGAGCGGAACUAGGAUUGUUGUGAUGUAAUGUAAUCUGUCGUUUGUGAAGUGAGUGAUUGGAAUAAAUAUUAGUACAAGGUAGCCCUUCCGAGAUUGGCG